AUGGGACCAUUCUCUCCAUCCUACGGUCAACAAUACAUAUUGGUGGUAGUGGACUACGUGUCUAAAUGGGUUGAAGCUGUGGCUUUGCCAACUAACGACGGUCGAGUGGUAGCUCAAUUCCUAAAGAAGAACAUUUCCACGAGAUAUAGUACCCCGAGGGCGAUUAUUAGUGAUGGUGGAAAGCAUUUUUGUAACCACCUAUUUGUUUCACCAUUGGCCAAAUAUGGAGUGAAACAUCGUGUCUCGACUCCAUACCAUCCUCAGACUAGUGGGCAAGUGGAAAUCUCCAACAGGGAGUUAAAGAAAAUUCUUGAAGCUACAAUCAGUACAUCACGUAAAUAUUGGGCUAAGAAACUAGACGAUGCACUUUGGGCAUAUGAAACGGCAUUUAAGACUCCAAUUGGCAUGUCUUCAUAUCGUUUGGUAUUUGGAAAGGCUUGUCAACUUCUGGUUGAGUUAGAGCAUAAAGCAUACUGGGUGACACACUUGCUCAAUUUCAAUAUGAGAGCAGCAGGAGAAAAGAGGGUUCUACAACUUCAUGAGCUAGAUGAGUUUUGUUUAGAUUCGUAUGAGAAUGCAAAGAUUUACAAGGAAAAGAUCAAGAGAUGGCACAACAUGCAUAUAAGGGAGAAGGAGUUUGAGGUUGGUCAAGAAGUAUUGAUGUUCAAUUCACGCCUCAAGCUUUUUUCAGAAAAGCUAAAGUCUAGGUGGUCGAGUCCAUUCACAAUAGUAGCUGUGUGUCCACAUUGUGCUGUAAAGGUGGUGUCUCAAGAUCAACAAAGGAGGUUCAAAGUAAAUGGACAAUGGUUGAAAGCUUAUUAG